GCCGUGGCCAUUUCCGGGCUCUGUUAGCCGCUCCCUCUGGGCCUCGGUCCUCCGCCCGCGCCCGCCGGAGCCUGUUCGCGUCGACUGACCAGAGUCCGCGAAUUCUCCGCUCCGAGCCGGUCCGCACUGUCCCGAUCCCAGCUUUCUAUCCUUUGAAAACACUAAGAAUAAUGUCCCUACAUCAGUUUUUACUAGAGCCAAUCACCUGUCAUGCCUGGAACAGGGAUCGUACCCAGAUUGCUCUUAGCCCCAACAAUCAUGAAGUCCACAUCUAUAAGAAGAAUGGGAGCCAGUGGGUGAAAGCUCAUGAACUCAAGGAGCACAACGGACACAUUACAGGUAUCGACUGGGCUCCCAAGAGUGACCGCAUCGUCACUUGUGGGGCAGACCGCAAUGCCUACGUCUGGAGUCAGAAAGAUGGUGUCUGGAAGCCAACCCUGGUGAUCCUGAGAAUUAAUCGUGCAGCGACUUUUGUCAAGUGGUCCCCGCUAGAGAACAAAUUUGCUGUGGGAAGUGGAGCACGACUCAUUUCUGUUUGUUACUUUGAGUCUGAAAAUGACUGGUGGGUAAGCAAGCACAUUAAAAAGCCGAUUCGCUCCACGGUCCUCAGCUUGGAUUGGCAUCCCAACAACGUCUUGCUGGCAGCAGGAUCCUGCGAUUUCAAAUGCAGAGUGUUUUCUGCCUACAUUAAAGAAGUGGAUGAAAAGCCAGCCAGUACGCCCUGGGGCAGCAAGAUGCCUUUUGGUCAGCUGAUGUCAGAGUUCGGGGGCAGCGGCACCGGCGGCUGGGUGCAUGGGGUCAGCUUCUCUGCCAGCGGGAGCCGCCUGGCCUGGGUCAGCCACGACAGCACCGUGUCCGUUGCUGACGCCUCAAAAAGCGUUCAGGUCUCAACUCUGAAAACAGAGUUCCUGCCCCUCCUGAGUGUGUCAUUCGUCUCCGAGAAUAGCGUUGUAGCCGCAGGCCAUGACUGCUGCCCAAUGCUCUUUAACUACGAUGACCGUGGCUGCUUGACCUUCGUCUCCAAACUAGACAUUCCAAAACAGAGCAUUCAGCGCAACAUGUCUGCCAUGGAACGCUUCCGCAACAUGGACAAGAGGGCCACGACCGAGGACCGCAACACAGCCUUGGAGACGCUGCACCAGAAUAGCAUCACUCAAGUGUCUAUUUAUGAAGUGGACAAGCAAGAUUGUCGCAAAUUUUGCACUACUGGCAUCGAUGGAGCCAUGACAAUUUGGGAUUUCAAGACCUUAGAGUCUUCCAUCCAGGGCCUCCGGAUAAUGUGAAGCUGAGUGAGCCUCCCA